AUGGGUCCCUCAGGCUUCAGCAAGAGGACUAUCUCGAGAUGGACAGUAUUCGGUCUUCUCAGACUCGCUUCUGCACUGCGGACAACGCCAGGCUCACCGUGUGAAAGUGCUUGCAGCCCAGCCAAUGCUACACUGCCGUCCGAGAUCGUCUGCUUUGAUAGCGAGUACAACAAUACCGAGGCAGGGAGGAAGUUCGAGGGUUGCAUUGCAUGCCAGCUGCAGAGCACCUUUGUAGACGAUGCGUCAAGACAGUCGGAUGUUGAAUGGGGUCUUUUCAUACUAACCGGGACAGUCAACCUUCGUUUUGCCUUCUCGUCAUGCGUUUAUGGGUAUCCGGAGAAGGUGACCAACAGCUCCAACUCUUGCCCAGUUGCGUGCAAAGACAUCGAAUCAUCAGUCGAAUACCAACUGGACAGCCCCUCUGGCGAGAAUAUCGAGACCUGGUGCGAUACCGCCUCGUUCGCCGAUAACGAGAUCACCGAUUGUAAUGCGUGCUAUAAUCUGACCUCCGAUGAAGUGAGGCCCCAGGUAUACCUGGCCAACUUCCUCGAAUCUCUCCGUUACAACUGCCAUUUCGAAACACCCACUGAAGAAGAAUUCCCCAUCACACCCAGCCGCAUCUUCUCCGAGUCGCUCCUCCCUUCUUCCUCGGCAGACCUCAUCUCCGGCGACGGUGACGGCGACAACUCCAAUCUAGCCCUCAUAAUCGCCAUGCCAAUCCUUGGCUUCGUGAUCCUGCUCUGUAUCCUCGCGCUAGGGUGUUUCUUCUUCAUCCGCUCCCGUCGUAAGAAGGCCCGUCGCCUGCGCCAGCCUGCACACCUUCACGCGCGCUGGAACGACACUGGAAUUAGCACCCCACAAUGGGCAAUGGAGUACCCCGCGCAGGCGCAGGGUAUGUACGGGCCCACUGUGUACUCACCACAACCGCAUCAUGGAUAUGCGCAGUCUCCGGGCUUCGGCUUCGGCUUUAUUGAUAAAGAUGGGCGCUCUCAGGAGGUUGGUUACUCAAAGGUCGUGGAACCGGUUAUUGCGUCCCCGUCGACGGCGUAUUCGCCCGAAGAGAAGGUGCCGCAGGCACAAGUGCAGCCGUAUCAGCAGCAAACGUAUUUUCAGCAGACACCGCCGAAUAAUGGCAAGGGGAGGCAGGAGUAA